UCUUAUAGUCGGCUUCUCUCGGGGAAACGCUCAGUGAUCGGAGGUGCCCGUGCGGUCCUGUAGGGGGAGCCCCCGUGCAGUGUGUGGUCGGGGGGGAUCGGUAGUCCGGGAUCCGCUCGCAGUGUACCGGGAAGGAUGUACGGGGAGAUCCGGGAGAUGGCAGUCCUCAUCGGUGCGAUCUCUCUGCUCUGCAUCGCCGCCAAUACACAAGCCAGAGCCCGACCGCGUCCAGAUCUCUUUUGUAUAUUUCACGGAAAGAAGUACAGUGCGGGAGACAGCUGGCACCCAUACCUUGAACCUCAAGGGGUCGUGUAUUGUAUACGCUGCAUGUGCUCUGAGGGCGGAGUCUCCUGCUACAAGAUAAAGUGUCCGGUCCUGCAAUGCAUCCACACCGUCACUGACCCGCAGCAGUGCUGCCCCAGAUGCGUAGAGACACCCUCCGGGCUGCGAGCUCCGCCCAAAAUGUGCCAGCAUAACGGGACGACCUACCAGCAAGGAGAGAUGUUUACCACCCACGAGCUCUUCCCAACGCGGCAGUCCAACCAGUGUGUGCAGUGCAGCUGUUCGGACGGACAGAUAUACUGCGGUCUGGUGACCUGCCCAGAGCUGGUAUGCUCCUCCCCCAUGACUGUACCAGACUCCUGCUGCCCGGUGUGCCGAGAUGGGUCGUUUGAGCGAUCGGGGGAAGAGGAGCCGUUAAACAGAGGUGUUAGACACUCCCAGGACCAGUGCCUCAGCGAGCUGCUCAGCAAGAAGUCCCUGGGGGCCACAGAGUCCACCAUUGUCAGUUCUUCUCUGGGGUUCAACCCUCGAAGCUUCAAGCAGAAGGGAGGAGGUGGGACAACGGUGAAAAUCCUGAUGAAAGAAAAGCACAAGAAAGCCUGCAUUUAUAAUGGUAAGACGUAUUCGCACGGCGAGGUCUGGCACCCCGUAUUCCGAAACUUUGGCGCUAUUCCUUGUAUCCUGUGCACCUGUAAGGACGGCAGUCAGGACUGCCAGCGGGUCACGUGCCCCGAGGAAUAUCCAUGCGACUAUCCGGAGAAGGUGGAGGGUAAAUGCUGCAAGGUCUGCCAAGAUGACAAAGUGGAGCCCACCGAGGAGGUCACCACCACCAGGUGCUUGAAGAACCCCAACAAGAUUCUAGUCUACAUGUACAUGUCGCCCACCACCGCAAAACAGAAGGAAAACCUGCGCAAAAUCGCCAUCGAGAAGGAAGCGUCUGAAGAUGUGGAGAUCUACGUCUGGAAAAUGGUGAAAGGAAUCUUCCAUUUGAUUCAGAUUAAAAAAGUGGCAAAACAAGAUUUCAGACAAGAAGCGGAGCAUUUCCGGCUGGUCACCAGGACAAGCGAAGGUCAGUGGAACAUUUUCAGGCCACAGCCCCCUGAACUGAACAUAACGGAGAUUUCGGAAAUGCAGAGCGAAGCGUUGUAGUGGGAAAUAAUACGUUCUACUGAUGUCACGGAUAUCCAGCCCCCCCAAUACUAAGAGAUGAAAAACAUUUUCAAGCCAACCUCUACCCAAAUCCGACACAAGAGGUGGCUGUAACCCAGAGAACCGGCUGCAGCACUGGAAAGUCUUAAGCAAGAUGGCCGCCGUCUCGACAACCCGGUUACCUAGACUGUGGGCCGGAAAAAAAAAAUUCCUUUGGGAAUAAGAAGAAAUAAACUGUAAGAUCCUUUUUGUGUGCUCUCCCGGCUUCCUCCAUCUUUGGGGAGAUCCUGCGCUUCAAUGAUUCCCUGCUGAGCUGGAAUUGGGAGAGGUCAACACGUAAAAACAAUGGCAUUCAUCUUAUCAUGGCUGCCAAAUUCACGUCCAUCAAUGGACUCCUCACACCCUCCGAUUUCCAAAUUGGUUUACUCGUUUUUAUUUUUUUAACGCCGCUUUAAGGAACAAAACCCAAGACUUGGGUGAGACCUUUCUCAAGUGCCUAUCUCGUUGCAUCACCGGUCUGAACGCAAAGCCUAACACUAAAAAUUAUUAAAAUGGCUGCCCCUA